ACAAGCUGGUGGUUUUUUGCAGGAGGGGCUUUGUAGAGGGGCUGGAACCGGACGUGUGAAAUGGCUGCGAAGGUGUUUGAAAGCCUUGGGAAGCUUGGCCUGGGGUUGGCUGUCGCAGGUGGAGUUGUCAAUUCUGCUCUUUACAAUGUUGAUGCAGGCCACAGAGCUGUCAUCUUUGACCGAUUCCGCGGGGUCCAGGACACAGUGGUAGGAGAAGGUACCCACUUCCUCAUCCCCUGGGUACAGAAACCCAUCAUUUUCGACUGCCGCUCUCGCCCCCGUAACAUUCCUGUCAUCACUGGCAGCAAAGAUCUACAGAACGUGAACAUCACGUUGCGUAUCCUGUUCAGACCCGUGACCGCCCAGUUACCGCGGAUUUUCACCAGUAUUGGAGAGGACUAUGAUGAGCGUGUCCUGCCCUCAAUCACAACCGAAAUCCUCAAGUCUGUUGUGGCUCGCUUUGAUGCUGGAGAAUUGAUCACUCAGAGAGAGCUGGUGUCCAGGCAAGUGAGCGAAGACCUCACGGAGAGAGCGGCAACCUUCGGGCUCAUUCUGGAUGAUGUGUCCUUGACCCACCUGACCUUUGGCAAGGAGUUCACGGAGGCGGUGGAAAUGAAGCAAGUGGCCCAGCAAGAAGCAGAGCGAGCCAGAUUCAUUGUGGAAAAGGCCGAGCAGCAGAAGAAAGCAGCCGUCAUCUCUGCUGAGGGAGACUCGAAAGCAGCCGAGCUGAUUGCCAACUCGCUGGCCACUGCAGGAGAUGGCUUGAUUGAGCUGCGCAAGCUGGAGGCCGCCGAAGACAUCGCGUACCAGCUCUCACGGUCCCGCAACAUCACCUACCUGCCCUCUGGACAGUCAGUGCUCCUCCAGCUGCCGCAGUGAAGCUGGCUCUGCAGCCAUAGCUAGCCGUGUCACCUCUACCUUACCAGAUCAGCCCUUUCCAAAAGAAUCUGUGCGAUUUCCUCACUGGUAGAAACAGGGGAAAUUAAAAUUCAACUCAUUUUGAAUUCUUAAUCAAAUAAAACUGA